AAUCUUUUCUAUAUUAUUAUUACCUAACCUAGAACUUCCUUCAUCAACAUUGCCAAAUAAGCCAACAUUCAAGGAACAUGAAAUUAUCAUUUCCUCAUGUAUUGACUGUUUGUUUUUCUUUCACACUAUUUGUUUCCCGUUGAAAUCCGCUAAUUAUAUGCACCUAUUCAUUUCUCACAUAUAUAACAUGAUAUGACUAUUUGUGCCUUAAUAUAGCUUAGAUAUGUGUAAAACCUCAUAUAUAAGAUCAUUACUUAUAUCACAGAUAUAGCCAAAUUAGUCACUCUUGUACUACUGAUCUGAUACAAUAGGUGCAUAGUGUUGUUAUAUCCUCCUAUUCUUUCUGCAUAAAAAUGGCAACCACAGUAAGUAUUGUCUGCAAAAGAACUGUGGUGAGUACAAAAGCAGUUGAACCAGGAAAGUACUUACCCUUAUCAGUUUUGGAUCGUUUCAUGGAUAAAAAUCAUAUUAGGAUGGUGUACUAUUACCAAACUUCAGGAGACUUAGAGCUUGGUCAAUUGACCAAGAAGUUGAGAGAGACUUUGUCAGAAAUGCUCAGUCAUUUCCCUAUAGUUACUGGAAGGUUGUUGAGAGAUGAAAUGGGACAUUGGAAGAUCAAAUGCAAUGAUGCUGGUGUUAGAAUGGUCGAGGCAAAAGCCAAAGGAAGUGUCGAAGAGUGGUUACGAAGCGUGGAUAGGGAAAAAGAACUUAAACUUGUUUAUUGGGAAGAUAUGCUUCAAAAGCCUUAUUAUUGGUCCACUUUUUAUGUCCAGCUGACUGAAUUUGAAGAAGGUGGAUUAGCAAUUGGCCUAAGCUGCACUCAUCUCUUAGCAGAUUCCAUUUGUGCAACAAAAUUCAUGAAAGCUUGGGCUGACAUUUCAUUAGGCAACAAAAUAACUUCUCCUCCAAUAUUCCACCCUUUACCUCAUCAAAGACCACAAAACAGAAAGCCUAAUAACAACUCAUAUAUGAGCUUAAUAUCUCACUAUAAAUCCUUAAUUGAGAAUCCCAUUUCUAUUAAGGAAGCCAAGUACACUACCAUUUCUAUGGGCUUCUCAGACCAAAUGGUUCAGGCUUGCAUAUCCAUGGCCCAGCCCAAUGAUUCAUUAAGCCCAACAUCAACACCAACACCCUUUGAAGCACUUGCAGGUUUGUUUUGGGUCACUUUAAGCAAAAUCAAAGGAAUAAAAAAUGGACUUGUUGACACAUCCCUAUAUUUGGAUGUAAGAAAAAUCUUGGGUUUAGAUGAAGGAUUCUUUGGGAACUCCAUGCUAUAUAACAAGGUGCAUUUAGAUGAAAAUUUCAAUUUAGAUUAUGACAAAUUUCCACAAGCUACCAAGGCCAUAAGAAAUGUUGUAACUAAAUUUGGCAAUGAAGAAAUAAUGGGUCUAAUUGAGUGGUUUGAAAAUAAUGAUAUAAAUUCAUCAGCAAUGAUGAACGGCCAUGAUUUGGUUUUUACUAGCUUAGAGAAUGUUGAACCUUAUUUAGCUAUGUUUCAAGACAAGUUUAAACCAAUUCAUGUGUCUUAUUACAUUGAGCCAGUUUUUGGAGAAGGACAUGUUUUGAUUCUUCCAACAUCAAAUGAUGAGGGUCCAUUAGGAAGGGUGGUAAUGGUAACACUUCAAGAAGAGGAGGCAAUUAAGCUUUGUGAAGAUGAAUUUAUUUUACAAUUUUCUCCCACUAUCUUGAUGAAAUAUUAAUAGUGCUUUAUGCAUAUAUGUGUGUGUCAAUGUCAAUAAUGAUGAGAUUAUCUUGAAAUAAAAUUGUAUCCCUAUCCCUAUCUUACUAAGAACAUGCACGUAUUGUUAUCA